GGCUCAGUUAUCGGGAGGAUGGCAGGGGAGUUGGAUGUUAGUUCGUUCACGGCGGUGGCAGACUUCACCACCCGGCACCUGGCGCUCAACCUGCUGGUGGACUUCCAGAGCCGGCGGAUCUCCGCUUCAACCGCGCUGACUAUUGAAGCUCUGCGGGACGGGCUGACCGCUCUGACCUUGGAUACAAGAGACCUUAAAAUACUCAAGGCUACUGCCAAUGGACAGGAAGUCGAGUUUUCACUUGGAAAUAAGCACUGCUUUAAAGGAACACCCUUAACGAUUACCCUUCCAUUUAAAUUGCUACGGGGCCAGCAUGCAGUCGUGGAGGUUUCAUAUGAGACAUCACCAGAAGCUUCAGCUUUGCAGUGGCUCACUGCUGACCAAACAGCUGGGAAGAAGCACCCAUACCUGUUCAGCCAAUGUCAGGCUAUACAUUGCAGAAGCAUGGUCCCUUGCCAGGACACACCGUCUGUGAAAAGCACGUACCGUGCUCGGGUAUCUGUCCCGAAAGAACUUGUUGUUCUUAUGAGUGCUAACCAAGAUGGGGAGUUGGCUGAUGACCAAGAUGAAAACAGAAAGAUUUACUGCUUUCGACAAACGGUUCCAAUGCCAAGUUACUUAAUUGCACUGGUUGUUGGAUCUUUGGAGAGCAGAGUAAUUGGUCCAAGAUCUAGAGUCUGGUCAGAGAAAGAGAUGGUGGAUGCUGCUGCAUAUGAAUUUGAAGAGACUGAAACCAUGCUGAAGAAAGCUGAAGAUCUUAUGGGACCAUAUGUGUGGGGACAGUACGACCUCCUUAUACUCCCUCCAUCGUUUCCCUAUGGUGGGAUGGAGAAUCCUUGCCUCACUUUUGUAACGCCAACUUUGCUGGCUGGUGAUAGAAGUCUUUCUAAUGUAAUUGCACACGAGAUUUCCCACAGUUGGACAGGAAAUCUGGUCACCAACAAAACCUGGGAGCAUUUCUGGUUAAAUGAAGGCCAUACAGUGUAUUUGGAGCGAAUGAUAGGCCGUUCCAUGUUUGACGAGAAAUACAGGCAAUUUGCAGCUAUUGGAGGCUGGAAGGAUCUGCUCCAAGCGAUUGAGACAUUUGGUGCUACUAAUCCUCUGACCAGCCUGGUCCCCGGGCUCUGUGAUACUGAUCCUGAUGAUGCGUUCUCAUCAGUUCCAUAUGAAAAGGGAUUUGCUUUACUGUAUCAUUUGGAGGAGCUACUUGGAGGACCAGACAUCUUCAUGGGGUUCCUCAAGGCAUAUAUUCAGAUAUUUGCCUACAGUAGUGUGACCACGGAAGACUGGAAGAAUUGUUUGUAUUCAUAUUUUAGUGAUAAGACUGAGAUUUUGAAUCAGGUUGACUGGAAUGCCUGGUUUCAUUCUCCUGGAAUGCCACCAUUCACACCACGGUACGACACCUCUAUGAAUGAUGCCUGCAUAUCUCUUUGUAAACGAUGGAGCAUAGCCACAGAUGUCGAGUUGGACUGCUUUACGGACACGGAUCUGAAGCUAAUGACAUCACAGCAAAAAAUUGAAUUUCUUGCUCUUUUGUUAUUGCAGCCUCCGCUGCGUCUCAACAAUGUGAAACGAAUGCAGGACGUUUACAAAUUCAAUGAUGUCAAAAAUGCAGAGAUAAAAUUCAGAUGGCUGCGUUUGUGCCUCCGAGCUCUGUGGGAAAAAGCUAUUCCUCUUGCUUUGGAAAUGGUUACUGUGCAGGGUAGAAUGAAGUUCACUCGUCCUCUUUACAGAGACCUGUACAACUUUGAAAAAGCUCGUCCACAAGCAGUCGAAACCUUUAAGAAGAACAAGCCCUCCAUGCACCCAAUCACAGCUGCACUGGUUGCUAAGGACCUCCACCUUGUCUGAUAAUUGACCAUUACUGCAGCAGCACUCUUUUUCAGUUAACAUUGCAGAAUGAAGCACUUUGGUAAUAGUGGCACAUUCUCAACAGAUUGGAAUCAACUAAGUUUGUUCAUUCAUUUUCAGCAGUUUACGGUGAAACAGAAUUAAUCGUUUGGUAGUACAGGUCUUGAGUAUUGCUGAAAAAAGAGACAUGUUGGCGAAGCUUUUUGUCUUGCACUCAUCAAGACAGUUCGUAAGAAUACCAAUAG